UGUUGUAAAGGUAGAAUGUAUUCAGAUCGGUUAAAACCUUUGUUACCGUUGUUAUUACAACGUGUGGGUUUGGUCAAAAGCCCUGAUGUCUAUGGUACUAUUCACGAUCUUUCUAGGAUUACAUCUCUCAAUGUUGCAGGUUUUUGGAAAGUUUCACAUAGCACUCAACCAUGGAAGUCCAGGGUUAUGCCUGACUUAACAUUGGUUGCUGAUGACAGUAUACGUGGUAUUUGUGUUUUAUGCUACCGUAUAUGUCAAAAUCAGGGUAGUUUGCAUGAUCUUUACCAUCGCAAGGACUAUAUCUUGGGUAACAUAUCCAAUUUUGGUAUUGAUGAGUUAUUGUUAUUAUGCUACACUAUGUCUUUGUACAUCCAUCCUUAUUCUCGGUGGUUCAAUGUGAAUCACAUGGAUUUGACUAGUUUGCUUAUGGCAUGUCACUAUCGGCUGGUUUCAUUGUUACCUAAGAUGACGGCUGAGCAGUUCCGAUCGUGUUUAAUACUGUUUAACACGAUUGGAGAUCGUUAUCCUGUUUUUACUACUUGGUCUAAUACGUUUACUGAUACUGUUAUUCGUUUACGGGAUGGUUUGUCUAAGGUCAUGACAUCAUCUGAAUCAUUUGGGAUCAGGUCUCGUUCUCACGAAUCAGAUGUUCAGAAGCUACCUAGUCGCGUCCAGUCUGUGUACCGCCAGAUAUAUCCAUAUUUUGAAGCUGUCAAUACUCGUUUCCAUUCCAGUCGCAUGUAUAUCUCAUGUGUCAUAGAGGCUGGCUUCACUUUACAUCGCUGGCAGCCUGAAUCAUUUACUGAGCUUCUCAGUAAGAUAUGCGUCCUGGUUAAAACACAGCUAUCUAACGCCAGUUUGUUUUCUUUGAGCUCGUUGUUACGUGCUGUGAUUUUACUUCAUGACAGUAGUGUUCAUCUUCCCGGUGUUGUUCAACUGGAACCAUCUGAUGCUGGUAUCCUUGCUACUAGGUUAAACGAGCUUUGUGUAGAUUCAUAUAUUGUGCUUCCUGAUCAUGACGGGGAGUUGUUAUUACCAGAGAAUGCAGAGCAGGUCAUUACUCGGCUACUAUCAGUUUGUUUGGACACGGCAUCUCUACGUAGCCUCAUUGGUAGCCUAGAAGUUUUGGAUGCUUUGGGCAUGUUAAAUUCGGAUUUGUGUACUCUCUAUUUGCCUUAUAUCGCAACAUGUUUGAUUACCAAGGAUGUAUCUAUUGACCAUGUUUUGGAUUUGUUACAAUUAUUGCCCAAAGGCUGUUGUUACAUUCCAUUUUGGUGUCUGCACAUGUCACUUUUAGAUUGUGUAUCCCCUGGUGUUAUAUCAACCCAGGUUGAUUCUUUAGACAGGCUAUGUACUAGCCUCUUAGUCCUUAUUGACAAUCUUAGGGGUGACUUCCUGGGUGAAUCUCAUGUUACCUCUACGGACUCUGAUGUUUGUCGUUGGGUUUAUAAACUGGAUGACAUAUCGCUACUCAACGUGACUAACGUUGAUUCCAUGGAGGACAUAAAUUCAUUGGCUUAUAUUAUGAAUAAUCGUUUUAACAUGUCCAUAGGUAGCACUGGGUUUCUGGAUCAUUUGCUUUCGGUGUUACGGCGUCUCCAUUUGACUUUGGGCGAUGCUAUACGAGCGUUAGAUUCAAGACCUGAUGUUUCCUCAGAUGCGUUACUCGAUUCUGGCUACGGGGCCGAUAGUUCGGUAAUUGCUACAUCACGCCUCAUAAGUUCACACGUUGCUUUGGGUGAGCGUAUAGAUAGUUUUGCGUGCGAUGUUGACAUCAUGUUAUAAAUCAUACUAUUUAGCAUUACGGUGC